UGAAAAACUAUAUGCCGUAAUUAAGGAACUAUUGGUAGGGGAAACUGGAAUAUAUUUUGAAGUUUUGAAUCUUUUUGCAAAAGAAUUAAAAAAUACGAAAUGAAUUUGCAUCGCUUGAGAAAUAAAAGCCUUGACUAUGACGAUCUUUGUAGCAGCUAUUACGGCAGCCUGCGUAAUUCUCACAGUUGCUCGACAUUCAACUCGGACUCGGAGUAUGGUGGUGCGGUAAAGGUGCGUGACUUGAUUCGCCAUUACGAUGGCAAUGGAAAGCGUAACAACAACGAUAGCAAUCACAGCCCCACGGUCAUCGAUUCGCCUCAGGCUAUGCCAGGACGGCAACCCCAUUCCAGCCCCAUGGGCCAAAAGACGCCAUCGCAAUAUUCUAAAGGCGCCUCUCCUCCAGGCAGUACUCCAGUGUCUGCUCAGCCAAGGGAAUUCUUGAUACACAAGAAGGAGUUCGAUGGCAUCUGCCGAUGUUGCAAGAAUUGCUCUGUAUUUUCAUGCUGCCAGAAUCGAAGCCUUAAAAGUUCGGCGGCCCUCAAAACUUUGCAAAGCAAUGAGAGCAUGGCUAACCUAAAUGUUGACAAUGUUGUGGUCUCGCAAGGAAGGCCCACCAUUGGCAGCCUCACCACAAAACAAAAGUGUCUAGAAUCUAAAGAAGCAGCAGCAGCAUCACCAUUAGAAGCUCGCACCGUUAUGUCAAAGAACCACUUACAGUUAGGCGAUAGCAAUCGGGAGGCCACCUGUCAUUCGAUCGAGUCGUCAUAUCAAAGCAAGACCACAAUUGCAAAGACUGCAACUGGUGUACGCAUCAUCAUCGAUAUAUUCUUUGAUCCAGAACAAAUGUGUGUGAACACCGGCGACGUUUUGGGUAGUCGUGUGGAAACCGAUAUACCACAUAGCCGCAUCUUGGAUGAGUUUCAGCAACAAGUCAAUGUGGCCAACAACCCCAACACCACCCAGCUUCACUAGAAUUGAGUAGUUCUAUCACUGCUACUCCAUAACCACUUGCAAUGGAUAAUCUGCGUUUGGUGUAUGCUGACAGACAGAAGUAGGUGGAAUUUAUCGUCGUCGUUGUUGUCUUUGUCGACAUCGUUGUGCUGCUGCCCUUAGCAUAUGUUUGUGUGUCAUCAUAACACCUAAGAUGCAUAUUUAUUUAUUUUUUAUUGAAUCGUUCAAGAAUAUCAGAUAAUAGCGAUUUUGUGACAGCCCCUUUUAAUUUGAAAUAUCUUUUUGAAUUUUUUUUGUGUCAUUUUUCAUUCUAUUUUUAAUAAACAAAGAGAAAUUUCUAACAGAUA